GUUGUGCUACUUGAUCGCAUUCUUGAUUCUAACCGCCAUGGACAACCACAGCCGCCAGAUUCUACCAUGUUAUGUCUCAUGUGGUAUGGGACGGUAGACGGACGACCUGCCAGGCGGCUUCGAGUGGAAACUAGGUAUUCUUUCGUAUGUGUCGACGAACUCCUGACCAGCAGCGACGGGUAUAUCUAUACCUCCCUUGGAUGUGUUACGGGAUCCUACCGCCCCAGGGCUCCCCCGUACACAGCCAGCCUUUGAUAAUGGUGGCUUCGAGACUGCUGGUACAAAUAUCAACUCGUUUCUCGGUUCUUCCAGCCGGACUAUAUAUAACCCCUCUUACUUUUGGCCUCCUCACUGUCCUCAAUGUCCACCAUUACCACGGCAGUGUCCAUGAGUGCUUCUGCAAGUUCAAGGUCCAGCAGUACCUUGAGGAGUGGUUCUAUAUCAUCUACUCAUUCUUCUUCCGUUGCGGGUACUGUAAACCCCUGUGCUGUAACGGAGAUGCUGGCUGCAAUCUUGGUCGUCAGUAUAGCUCGGAUGUAGCGACACUGUGGGUGCUAUUUUUUUUUUUCAUGUCCCAGAUCAGGUAAUAUGGUAACAAGUUGCGAGGUUAUAUGGUGUGGAAGUUGGUCCGUUCAUUUUUACUUCUGGGAUCGAGUGCGUCGAAAGCAAGUUCUGGCGCUGGACGGAAUUCAUACCGACUCCUUUAUACGAUUCAGUGAGGAGGAAGAUCAUAAGCCAACGCUGUAUUUAUGUAUUCGUGAAGUAAGAGUAUAAGCUCGAGGGUAUUAGCUAAUGCACGUCUAAUUUUGUGUGGAAGCCGUCUUGCUGGAGUCUCCCCACUGUAGCCGUCUUG